AUUUGUGGAGAUUCCCUUUUAUACUUUCAUUACAUGACUUUCAAACACAUUACCCAGUGUGCAAUUCGCCGAUUUGAAAAGUGGUAACCAUGGUAGCAUGGUGGUAACCAUGCAUGGCAACCACCGCGGCGUUACGGCAGUCACGGGGGAUUGCGCUAGUAGCGAUAGAAAUCAAAGAAAUGACAGCAUUGACUGAAUGCCAUUUAAACUUGAGUUAAUAAGUUUAUGAUGAGCGUUAUCGAAAAUGGAUGAGGGUUUAUUGCGUAAUUUGAAAUUGAGUCUAAAAUCAAAGCAUUAUCUAAUGAACGAUCUCUGGCUGAGAGAAUGCGUUGAAUAUCACAUUUCAGAAAACGGAGUUAGUACUCAGAAAACUAUAGAAGAUUUUGUAAUGUCACAAUGGCUCCUCAGCGACCUUCGAGAGCUGAACAACGAAAAUCCCACUCUUCCUCGAAACUUGAAACAGCAAAUGAAAGUCGAACUUACUGGAAAAUACAUGCUUCAGGUGGACAGCAUCUGCGAUGUAUCUCAGUCAAAGUACAGCCAGUUACAGAAAAUUCGCAAUGUUUCCGAAAUCAACAUAAAAGCAACAGCUGUUGAAGCGCCAGCUUGGGAACCAAAGGGAAAAAGAAUGCUGCAGUUACACUUGACCGAUGGGAUUCAAGAUUUACUGGGAAUUGAGUAUAAGCCAAUCCUUCAGUUGAAGGAAACUUUGCUACCAGGAUUUAAAAUAUUGAUAAUGGGUCCUGUUACGUGCAGAAGAGGCAUUCUGUUGUUGACUCCAUCGAACUAUAAAGGAAUCGGAGGAGAGGUUGAUUCGUUGCUGAAAACAAACGCUCUUGAAAAUGUACUGGCCAGGGCGGUGGGCAUGGAAGAAAAUGAAAAUCCAUACGGUGAGAGUAAUAAAGAAAACAAUGUACCCGAACCUAUCAACACAUUUAUUGAGGAGGAUGACUUCGAAAUUGAUUUACAUCAAAUAUCGCAGAUCGAAAUGUCUGUGAAGACUAACGAAGCUAGAGUUCAGACUGUAUCUUCACCUGUGAAUCCUAGUACAGGAAGAGAACUUAAAUACCAUUCUGAAUCACCUCAUCGUAAUAUCAGCCAAUCAGCAGCAAUAGCAGAGGGCAAAAAACAAUCUGGAAAUGACAGGAAGCUCACAUCUGUGGUGGAUAGUCAAUUAAAACCACUGGUAGCAGAACCGAGCAAUUUUAUAGUGGCAAAGAAAGUUCUGGCCACUACUGCAAAGGCAGGGAACCCUGCGUGCAAUUCUACAACUACCAACAAUGCCCUUGCUCCAGAGGUAAUUUUGGUGGACGAUGACGAUGACUUUGAUUUUGACCAAGAGCUUGAUAGAGUUAUGCAUAAUAUUGAUGCGGACCGCAAUAAAGAGCCAGUACUACAUCUUCCAAGUUCCGUGAUCGGAGUGGCAAGGAAAACACAUCAGGAAAAAAUAAAGAGCACGGCCUCAUCGAACGGCAAACGAUCAGCGGACGUCUUUUCACCUCCAAGUUGCAGUCCGAAGCUGAAAUGCCUUGACACUACUGCACUGAGUAAAGGAUAUAGAAAGAUGACUGACUUUGUCAAAAAAAUGCCUCCAAAGGAAGAAAUGCCACCAAAAAUCUGCGACUUUAUAUGUGACAUCAUCAGCGAACCAGUCAAAGGUAUUGGUCAUUUCAGGACGGUCAGAGGGAGAGUCACGAAGCAUGGAAGUUUAAAUAAAAAAGAUAAAAGUUGGGAUCUCAAAGCCACAAUAACGGAUUACACGGCUAGCCUGGAUAUCACCUUUUCAUCUGAGGUUCUCGAGGAUAUGAUCGGAUUUUCAGUAGCAGAAUUUGUUGCAAAAAAAAAACUCCGCAAAACAAAUCCAGAGGUGGAGGAAUUCCUGAGAAAAGGCUUUCGCAACGCAGAAGCGAGAGUGCAACGCAUGGAUGCCCUUAUGGAAAUUGAACUACGUGAAAAUGAUGUUCCAAAGGUAGUAGACAUCAGGGAACUCACAGAGGAGCAUAAACAACUGAUACAAAAGCGAGUAAAACUAUUGGCUAUCUGAAUUUUAUUCGCAUUGGAAAAAGUAAAAUUUUUCAAACUGUUUAUAACUCAUUGUACAUUAUCAUUAUAUAAUUACUUUAAUUUUGUACUCAGGCAUUAGACAAGAUUAGUCCGGACUUGGCUUUAUUUCAAAAGUCCUGGUCUUGCCCAAUAUAAAUGUAGAUCAAUAAAUAACCACCGUAGAAAAAACGAACAAAUAAAAAUAUUUUUUUUUAUUACUAGCA